AUGAGGCUUGUAAUUCUUGAUAACUAUGACUUGGCUAGUGAAUGGGCAGCCAAAUACAUCUGUAAUCGCAUCAUUCAGUUCAAACCUGGAAAGGACAGAUAUUUUACCCUGGGUUUACCAACAGGGAGUACACCAUUAGGAUGUUAUAAAAAACUAAUAGAAUAUCACAAGAAUGGAUUUCUUUCCUUUAAAUAUGUGAAGACCUUUAACAUGGAUGAAUAUGUAGGACUUCCCAGACAGCAUCCUGAAAGCUACCAUUCUUACAUGUGGAAUAACUUUUUUAAGCAUAUUGAUAUAGAUCCUAAUAAUGCUCAUAUCCUUGAUGGGAAUGCUGCAGAUUUACAAGCAGAAUGUGAUGCAUUUGAAGAUAAAAUAAAAGAAGCUGGAGGAAUUGAUCUUUUUGUUGGAGGAAUUGGUCCAGAUGGUCAUAUUGCUUUCAAUGAGCCAGGAUCCAGUUUAGUAUCAAGGACAAGAUUAAAGACCCUAGCAAUGGACACCAUACUGGCAAAUGCGAAAUAUUUUGAUGGAGAUUUAUCAAAGGUGCCAACCAUGGCUCUAACAGUUGGUGUGGGGACAGUGAUGGAUGCUAGAGAAGUCAUGAUCCUCAUAACAGGCGCCCACAAGGCAUUUGCUCUCUACAAAGCGAUAGAGGAAGGAGUCAAUCACAUGUGGACUGUUUCUGCUUUCCAGCAGCAUCCCCGCACUAUUUUUGUGUGUGAUGAAGAUGCCACCUUAGAAUUAAGAGUUAAAACUGUGAAAUACUUUAAAGGUUUAAUGCACGUGCACAAUAAACUUGUGGAUCCACUAUACAGUAUGAAAGAAGGAACUGAAGGAGAUUGGAGCAAAAUUCUGCUUGAAUAA